GUUCCUUGCGUCAUUGUGUCAACAUGGCGCCUGUCUACCGGACAAAAGGCGAAUCUGUCUGACGGCGGAUUGAAGCCCAAUUAGAAGCAGGGGAGACAUUUUGGGAAAACUGUCAGUGUCCGUGUGUCCCUGUGCCCCAAGGCGACAGAUACAUGGUAAAAAACGACGUCUGUGGAGGCUCUUAAACUGGAAUAAUAAGGAUGUUCCAGCAGUGUGAGGAGCCUCGCUUCACCAUUGAGCAGAUCGACCUCCUCCAGAGGCUACGGAGGACGGGGAUCACCCAGGCCGAGGUCCUCCACGCGCUGGACACCCUGGACCACCUGGACCGCCAGCAUGGACACAAGUUGGCCCACAAACCCUCCUACAUGCCGCCCUCGUCUUCCAACGCCAUCGCAGCCUCCUCCUCCAUGACUUCCACCUCCACUCAGACGACUUUCCCCGACAACCGGCUCUCGCUGUCGCCUAAUAACAAUUUCGACACCACCUCCCCACCUCUGCCGGUGGCAGUAGCCUCGCCCGUUGCCAUGGCAGCGGUGGCCCAGAACGGCCUAGUUGCCGUGACCAACGGAAAGCUUUCGCCGCCUCGAUUCCCCCUCGCCGUGGUUAGUGGCAGCGUGACCACGCCGGGCUAUGGGUUUGAGGCCGGCGAAGAGGACAUGGACGUUGAUGAAAAGGUGGAGGACUUGAUGAGGAGGGACAGUGCUGUGAUCAAAGAGGAGAUCAAGUCCUUUCUGGCGAACAGGAGGAUCUCUCAGGCUGUGGUGGCUCAGGUAACAGGGAUCAGUCAGAGUCGGAUCUCCCACUGGCUCCUACAACAGGGAUCAGACCUCAGCGAACAGAAGAAACGAGCCUUCUUCCGCUGGUACCAGCUGGAAAAGACCAACCCUGGUGCCACUCUGGCCAUGCGAGCCGCCCCACUGGCUCUGGAGGACAUGAUGGACUGGCACCAAGCCCCGCCCCCUUUUGGCUCGGCCCCCGGGGGCUUCCGCCUGCGACGAGGGAGCAGAUUCACCUGGAGGAAGGAGUGUCUGACCGUCAUGGAGAGCUACUUCAGUGAUAACCAGUAUCCUGAUGAAGCCAAGCGAGAGGAGAUUGCCACUGCCUGCAACGCCGUCAUUCAGAAGCCAGGAAAGAAGCUGUCUGAUUUGGAGCGGGUGACAUCUCUGAAGGUCUACAACUGGUUUGCCAACCGUCGCAAAGACAUCAAGAGACGUGCCAACAUUGAAGCAGCCAUCUUGGAGAGCCAUGGCAUCGAGGUUCAGAGUCCUGGGUGUCAGUCCAACAGCGACGAGGUGGAUGGCAACGACUUCCCAGACCAGGCCUGUGAGGUGUCCUUAUUUGACAAGAGAGCUUCAGCCAGGCAGUUUGGUUUCAGUCGAGCUGAUCUGUCCUCUCCAACCCAGGUCCCCACGCUGCUUCCCAGCUGGUUCUCCGCCUUGGGAAGAGGAGCCAUGUCCGGACAGAGGGGCGCUUCUCUGAUGGGCCGCUCCAUAAUGCCAGGGGCGGGCCACCAGCCAGAAGGCUCCAGGAUAACAGGCGUGUCCUGGUCCCCUCCUUCUCCCUCCCUCCAGGACGAACCCACGAUCCACAGCGCGCUGUCCGAGCCCCAGGACCCGGUGGCUCUGGACAAAGCAGCGUCGGCGAGCGACAGCAACCAGGCCGUGGCCGGCCACGUGGUGGGAGCGGGGAGCGGCCUGGGCAGUGACAUCAAGACGGAAACGCUGGAGGAUGACUGAAAGCGACGGUGGAUACCGGAGCUGUCAGAGAGAUGAACAGGUGUCAUUAUAUGCAAGCAGAUUUUAUAGGAAUGUAACAAGUUGAAAAACAAACAAAAAAAAAAAAAAAAAAAAAUGACCAAAAGUCGUGUAAACUCCAACCCUGAGAUACCUCCCAACCCUACCUCCAACCACCAACCUGCUCCGCUACGCUCUUAUAGGCAUUAUUAAUGUACUAUAAUAAUAAUAAUAACAAUAAUAAUAAUAAUAAAUCUAUAAAUAUACUUUUAUUUGUGUUCAGCAAUUUAUGGAAGAUUUAAAAUGUGCAUAAAACAAACUCAACAAAGAAAGUAGAAUCACUUAUGAUAUUCAGCAAAUAUAAGGAAACUGUAAAAGUUUUUCCUCUCCAUUAAUUUCUUUGUUGACUUGUGUCAUAUCGAGGCAUUUUAAACCUUCCAUGUAAAGCUGGUGAACAGGACAUGCCGCUUCGUGGGGAUUGUCCUGCAUAAACUGCGUUUCUCACAGCAGGACAACACUGUAUUUGACACGGGGUUCAAAUAGUUUCAGGGUCUUGCACUGUGAUCACAACACAACUGAAUUGCCUCAAAAGAGAGAAUACAUUAAUUGGAAAGUUCAUCUUCGCUGAUGGUUUUAAGACGAUGUAGCGCAUUUCAUCUCAGUUCUUUAUAUUUCAGAUUCCCGCCGAUUUAGUUUGAGGCGGCGGAAGACGUCUGAGCUCACAGCGCGUUGAGAAUAUUGCUGUGAGUCUAAGAUGAUGUGCAAAAGGAAAAAAAAAAAACAGAGUCAACUUCCCGUCUGAUGAUAAUAAUAAGCCCAAUAAUAUAUGGAAGCAAUGAAAUGCCAUAAUUUGCAUUAUUACAUAACUGAAUACCUAGUUAGGACUUUUAAUCACUACUGAAUACCUAACGUCAUUUAAAUAUUACUGUAUUUAUUCCACAUAUUUAACAUUUUCAGUUUCCACUUUGAAAUAAUCGUAGAUUUCAAGUGUUUGAUGUCAACAUCGAUAUCAUUUACAUAACUUAUUUUUCAUGUAGUGUUUUUAAAAUGCACUCAGUAGAUACUUCAAACCAGACUUUAAACUUCAUAAAUACACGGUUUUCUAAGUAAAAUAAAAUAUUUCAAUACUAUGAAUUCAAUAAUAUUUAAAAAAAAGAAAAGAAAAAAAAAGCUGUAUUCAGUCGAGAGCGAAACUCACAAUUAGGUCUUCACUGUUUCCGAUAAGCCCGGAGCUUUGCUUCCAUAUCAGUAAGACGUACUUUACGUUUCUUGAUACACAAGAAGAGCCAAAACUGUUGAAAGAGUUGUGUAAAAAAAAAAAAAAAAAAAAAAAAAAAAAAUCAAGAGACGUGUACGUUCACGCGAGCGGGUGUUGUUUAUUCAUUCGUGCCUGAAUGAGGCAGAAUGAUGGAUCACUGUGAUAAUCUGUAUCAGUACAAUAGAUCAGUUUGGUGGGAGGAAUCCAAGAGUGUCCUAAAGCUGUUUAGAUACUACAGACUAAAGUGUGACGUGAAUACACGCAUAUACGACGUGUGUGUGUGUGGGCGCGUGCAAGCACACACACACACGUACUUAUAUACAGUAUAUGUACCCUAAUCCAUUUCUAUAUACAGUAUGUAGACUUAUUAGCUUCAAAUGAGAGAAACUAUCAGUAUGAGUCUUUCUUGUUGGUGAAAGCUGAGUGAAACAUUAGCCAAAGUAUUGUUUUAUAAUUUGUGUAUUUUUUUUCCGAGUGUAUGUUGGAUCUAUGUGUUAGAGAUAUGCUAAUCAAGGGCACAUCAGAUGUGUCGAAUAAUCGCAAGCAAGACGCAUCCUUUUUCCCUCGUAGGUAUAUCUGUGUCUGUGCUCGAUAUGCCAUGUGUUGUAAACACACGCCGUCACGUUGAACUUGUAUGUGAAUCGACACUUUAUUGGAUCAGUACCGUGGUGCUCAGAGCCCCUGUUUAAACAUUUAAUUGAUCACUGUGAGUGACCAACCGAUCAGAUCAGAUCAGAUCAGAGCGACGGCAGGAAACGAAUGUUUUCCUCAGAACAGUAAUUUGCGUUUAAUGAACUCUUCCCGAACGAGGCAAAAAAGGAAAAAAAAACUCCAGUUAAGGUUUCAUAUACAUCAAAUUUCAAAUAUUUCAGUUUUUACAGCCACUGUAGAAGUCCAUACGCUGAGAUCUCUAUAAGCAAUUACUAUAAAUCACAGUUUGCCUUUUUGUUUUAACCAUGAAGUCAUGUCCAAGCAUAUUUAACCACAUUCAAAUAUUAGAAAGAAUAAAUACAUAAACAAUGCUCAAUAGCUGCAUUUCCAUUACACUUUUUCAAAAUAAAAGCGUUAUUUCAGAAAUUUCGAUAAAGUACAAUUGCGCUUUGUACGUGUUUCCACUGAAAGGUGUUUUGUGAAUGAGCUGUAACUCUCGUGGAUAUCUCAUAAAUCUCUUAAAUUCUGAUCACUCGAGAUUUUUUAUUUCUGGUGACGCAGGUGACAGGAAAUUGCUAAAAAAGUGUUUCCAUUGCACUUUUGCGAUAAACUUUUAUAUCGAUACAUCUGGAAAAAAAAACACAUCGUGAGAGCAUAAAAGUGUUUUAGAGAUAUCUGAGAGGUAGGUGUUUCCAUUAGCAGGUUUUUAUCGCAAUAUUUAGAUUUUGCGCAUUUCUAAGGGUAAUGGAAACAGCAGCAAGUGUUCUCGUUUAUUGGUUCAGAAGUCACAAAGUAUCUGAUUAAUUCUGGUUAAUUAUUCAGACGGUGUCUUUUCAGAAGAGAAAAUAAACGAAACACGUUUAAAAGUUUAAAAGUCACACAUUUACAUGUUGAUCAAAACCUACAUUUCUACAUGAUCACAUACGAAGAAUAAAAUGUAGACUAGCUGCUUUUAAGCUAUGAGCGUUGACUACUGCCACCUACUGGUGUGGAGAGUUAUUUCCUUUCACGUAUUGACACCCUCUUGAAAUAAUAGCCAGUCUUUUUUUUUCAGGUUUUUCAAAAAAAAAAAAACAUAACCAAAUAUUGAAUAUAUUAAAACGUAAUUUUGUCAAAAAAAUUGACUUAGGCCGUUAUUUUAAGAAGAGGACGAUAUGUAUUAGCUGCCAUUGGCUGUAGUCUCUGCUGAGUUAAAACCAAGAGAGGAGCGUCUCUAAUUCUAAUGCAUUACUAGAGUCUCCUUACAGUGUACUGACACUUUUUAGUGGUUAAAAAUUAAAUAAUGAUACAUGUAAACAUAGCAUUAGAUCCAAUCCUAAAUCUUGACUUCUGCUCAGACCUUUUUAUGUUCAAGUGCCUUAUUCGUUGCAGUGAACCAACACGGGCUCAGUGCAGACUUCUCCAGUGGCUGUACACACAUCACUGUACCUCCACCACUACUACUACUAAUACUACUACUACAACUACUUCUACUAUAGUAAAGAAAGCUAAACUCAUGAUGUUCUGUUACAGCUAACACUAAAGUGGCUCCAUUCAAACCGGUUCAUCAUAGUCCAUCACCAGGUGCUCUUCAGGCUAAGCUACUAGUUCAGAGUUAAAAACUCAACACAAAUACCUCACUCCCCCGUCCCCCUCAGCUAUAAGCUACACCCCACUGGUUCCUCCACGGCUGCUCCAAUGUGAAUCAGAGUUUGGACUGUGGAGAGAUAAUGGAACUGUAGAGCAGAUUAACUCGGAGGAGACUGACGGCUAACUGUGACGAGGCUGUAAAGACGACUCACGCUCAGUGUCUUCUAAAAGGGAAAUUCCUCCUCGAACUUGAGCCAAUAAAUAUUAAGUUUGAACUUAAAGGGAAAUUCCACUCAAAGAAAAAAAAAAGUAUUCAUUCAUAAGCUUCUGAGACGUGAAAUACUUAAAUAGCCCCCCCCCCUCACCUACCCCCCCAAUCCCAGAGAAAAUGGACGUUUUGUGGAAUGUCUCUUUAAUUGUACGGCAGCCGAGCUGUCCCAGGUGUCUUUGCUUUAAGCAUUUCAGACUUUACCACCAAACACUGGUCAUCUCUUUGAGUGAUUUACACAGAAACAUGACAAUAUAGUGUCCCACAAAGGGUUAAAUAAUGUGUCUUUUUUUUUCUUCUUCUUCUUUAUAAUCUGCUAAGCAGAAGCCUUUCUGAAAUGAAUCUGUGGAUUCAUUUGAGACAACAUGCUGUUCUGAGAUUACUUCCAGGAUUUUAAAUCAUUUCUCCCAUCGCGGUCAUGGUAUUAAGAGGUCUGAGGCAGCAGAUCGGCUUUAGUUUAUUUCUGUUUAGUUUAGGAAAUGCAAAUUUAAACCAAAUCCAUGACGCAAAUUAUGAGAUGGGAGGGAAAAAAAAAAGGCGAGAGAAUGAUGGAUUUAGAAUAAAAGAAAACGGAAAGAAAAAAAAGCAUAAACGAACGUCAUGAAUUAUUGGUAUUAUCCUCUGGAAGGGUCCAAGGUGAAUCUUGUCACGUGUCAAACAUUUGUGAAAGGUCACCAGGACGCACUGCAGUGUUCAAAACAUUCAAGAGGGGAAACGCUUAGAUUUAAUUAGCAGUAUUUAAAACAUACCUAACUAAUGAUGUUGCGAAUUAAAACCAAAACGACAUAUUACCGAACAGCAACCUCACGAUCUUUUCUGUGGUUUCUUUCAUUGCUUUGGUUUGUCUAGAUGUCCAUUUUUAUUGCCUCUUUUUUUUUAUUAUUAUUAUUAUUUUUGUGCCACAGUGUGUUUUUGAUGAGUUGUCUGUUAAGCCAAAGUCCUGAUGAGACGGCGACACAAGGAGCCUCCAGUUGUGUCAGGGCUGCCGCCUUCGUUGUGUCUUUUCAUUUGGUUCGAGUGCAGUGUCUGCCAUCUGCCUUCAGUCCUCUGUUGCCUUGUUGUGCUGUUCUGUUUUGAAAGGAUGAGCCUCCCUCGCUCUCAUGCUAACCUGCACACGCACACGUGGCGCCGGCCAGAGCUCCUUCAUGUUGUCGUCGUCGUCGUCGUUUGCCUCUUCUGACGGACAGUACAGAAAUACUGUUUCGUGUUCAUCAAUGCAGUCGACAUUAAACGCAAGAGUAAAACAUAAAUAAACGGUGGUUGCCAUUCCACUCCGGCAAUAAGCUCUCCAAUAAAUCUGUGUAAAAUGAAAAAUAUCAAACCUCAGCAGGAUGUUUGUUGUAUCGGUUUUCAAUUGAUUUUCUUUGUUUUUUUUCUUUUUUUUUAUCCUCCUGUUCUUUUCUAUUUCAAGAUUUAGUGCCUUUUUUGGACGGUAGACUGUUGUGUAAUCGCUAUGUAGAGAAUCUACAUAUGCCUUUUGUUACUUUUUCAUCUGUUGGAUAAACCUUAUUUGUUAUUUUUAAGGUGCGUUUUUAUUGAUAUUCUAUUUACAAGGGAAUAAAAACUGAUCAGACUCCA